AUGCAGCUCGAUCUGUCCAUGCUGGAGCCUGUCACCAGGAACGCCAAGCAGACACAGGAGGCGUGCCUGACCGGGAUAUCCGGGGAGGGCAUCGACGCCUUCCCCCUCCCAGCCGUGGCCGAUCUGGACUCGUUCGAGAAGGAGGUGGUAGAGUACGUGAAGCCCUCCCACGGCACCACGACAUUGGGCUUCAUCUUCCAAGGCGGCGUGAUCGUGGCAGUGGACUCCCGAGCGAGUCAAGGCUCCUACAUAUCCUCCCAGACGGUGAAGAAGGUGAUUGAGAUCAACCCCUUCCUCCUGGGCACCAUGGCUGGCGGUGCCGCCGACUGCCAGUUCUGGGAGAGGAAUUUGGGCCGCCAGGUAGUGUGGUGUCGCCUGUAUGAGCUGAACAACGGCAAGCGCAUCACCGUGCGGGGCGCCUCCAAGCUCCUGGCCAACACCAUGUUUUCAUACCGUGGCAUGGGGCUCUCCAUGGGCACCAUGGUGGCUGGCUGGGACGUGGCAGGCCCCGGCCUCUACUACGUCGACUCCGAUGGCCAGCGGACCAAGGGCCAGCGCUUCUCGGUCGGGUCGGGUUCCCUGUACGCCUAUGGCGUCCUGGAUGCGGGGUACAGCUGGGACAUGUCGGUGGAGGACGCCGUGGAGCUGGGGCAGCGAGCGAUCUACCACGCCACGGCCCGCGACGCAGCCUCGGGCGGUACCGCCAGCGUGUACCACGUGACGGAGGCGGGGUGGACCAAGGUCCGCGGCGAGUCAGUGGGGGAGUUGCACUACAAGUACUACCCGGACCCGCUGGUGCGUUCCUCCAUCGCCGUGGACCCGCUGGCGACGUGA